AUGUACUCGUUGCCAGGGGCAUCUCACGCCAGUGUUUCCGCUCCCCCAGCUGGCUACUCGUCCGAGCACCCUCAGAGCGCACCUGGAAGAAGAACUCCCUUGGGUGCCGUCGGCCUCGGCGGUUUCUAUUUUCAGCAACAGCCCCAACCGCACGCUUCGUCGAGUGCCCUUUCCGAUGAAAACAGACCAGACCAAGAGAGAUUAGAUACUAGACCCGGGGCAUCGAGACUGAACUGCCCGCCAAAAUCGAAGACCACGCGCCAAGGGAAAAGCAUGCGACUAAACAUAAACGCAAGAGAGCGUAGAAGAAUGCACGAUUUAAACGAUGCUCUCGACGAACUUCGAUCCGUUAUUCCUUACGCCCAUAGUCCGUCCGUAAGAAAAUUGUCCAAGAUUGCCACUCUCCUCCUGGCAAAAAAUUAUAUUCUCAUGCAAGGGAACGCUUUGGAGGAACUGAAAAGAGUGAUAGCGGUUUUGCAAUCGCCUCACGCUCACACCACAGCUUUACCACCCACACCUGUUUCCUACGAUUUGCUGCACGGAUUCCCAGGCAAGUUGUUCCAAGGUGUGCCGGAUAUGCAAGGACUUCCUACGACAGAUCCUCAAAGCGUGACGGCAGGCGGUCCUCCGACUGAUGGUACUGUGGCCAGUGGAGAAUCGAAUUAA